AUGGCGGCAUCGUUAACUCCAUCCUACCUCCGCAUAGCUGGCCCAUCCACCGCACACAUGACCUUCCACAACACUACCAUCUCCAUCAACGACGUGGAUUACUCCGACAAGGACCUUCUCAGGUCAACCUUCGACAUCUUGGCCUUUGAUUCCGACGUCCCUCAAAAACAUCGCGACCACCAAACUAGGAAUUUGGCAGUGUCCCAUCGACAGUGGAGGAAGUUUGUGCAAUGGGCCAAGUCGACUGGUUUUGACCUCGUCUUCGCUUUAAACAAUGAGGAGAGGACUGCGGCCGGAAUGUGGGACCCUAACACGGCCCUGAACAUACUAACUGUGGCCGAGAAGGUCAAAGUUGGGGAUAUCUUUUGGGAGCUGGGUUAUGAAUGUAGGAACCAGUCAAUAGAUGAAUAUUUGAAUGACCUUGAGACCCUGCGUGCCAUAACUGAGACCUUCCCUCCCGGUCGCACGGAGCAGUGGAAGGUGGUGGGAGGUGACGUCACAAAGUGUCUGCAGGCAGAGUCCAAGAGUGACUUCAAGGAUUACUUGACGCUGUCCAACGAUAUGAUGGACGCUUUGCUGUUAAAUGGGAAUUCUUCUUCGCAUGAGCUGGAGCGCAUGACUGAGCGUGAUCGUCUGAAGCUGCUGCGGUUCCUCUCACGGAGCCAGACUCCACUCUGGUUGACGGAGACCAAUCAGAAACAGCACAGCGACUUAGAGCGAGCCGCUGAUUGGUUGGCUAGUCUCGGAUAUUCAGCUAAAAAUGGCUUUUCUGUACAUUUUCGGGAGUUGGAGGAGGAGGAGAUGUAUGAACCUACUCUGAGUUUCUACAUGGCACUACUAUUUAAAAACCUAGUUGGUGAACGAGUACUCAACAUACAAAUGGACCCAGAACCAGCCGUUCUCUUUGCACACUGCACAUCGCUGAGACACAAGCCGGUACCUGGCGCAGUCACUCUGUUUGGGGCGAACAUGGAUAAUGAACCUGCCAGAUUCUCGCUCAAGCUCUCUAAGAGGGAGGAGGGAGGGGAUAUUAUGCAGUUCAUCCUGGGAAAUGAUCAUAAUGGAAACAUUAUGGUAAACGGUAGGCCUAUGUAUUAUGAAGGAAACAUAAAACCUAUAGUAAAACGGGUCCAUCCAUACAAAACUCUGCUAAUCAACCUGCCAGCGAGAUCCUUCGGUUUCUGGGUACUCGCUAACACAAAGAUUGAAGCUUGCCAUAAUGUGAUUGAAAAUAAAACAUUAGUUGAAGCAGAAACUGUUGAACACGAGGCCCACAGAGUUAAACGUUCAGUUAACGAUGAUUUUGAUGAUUAUGCACACAUAGCUGAUCUUUCAUAUGACUUUGAAGAUAUUGAUACUUAUUUACCCGGUAACAAUGCUCUCAGAAGUAGAAUCACUGAUAUGAACAGAGAUCUGGACAAAAUACAAGAUGUCUUUAAAAGAAAUUUGGGUCAAGACAGAUUCAAAAGAGAUAUCAGUGAUCGAUAUGGCAGCAGACUUCAUAAAUAUGGAUUCAGACAUAGAACUAGUAAGAGAUACGACCAUGAUGUGAAUCCGAGGAAAUUUAUAGACGAUUUAUUAGAACGAGCAAGGCAGAGACUAAACGACUUGAAAGAGCUUCGGUCUAGUAUGCCAAAAUUGAAUAUAAACAGAAAAAGUAGUAAAUACCCAAAAACGAGCUACAAGGUAAGGUCUUUUAAAUCGUUGAAAGAAGACAGUCCUAUUUUUGGAGGAAGGAGUAGAAAACAAAAAACCACCAAAACGUUAACAGAAGAUAGUGAAGAAUUUCUAAAGAAGAUUAACAAGAAAAGUAAAAGUGAUGUUAGCAAGAGAACUUCUGACUCUUUAGAUAGAAAUACUAAUAAGAAGGAAGAAAAGAAAACGGGAUCGGACGAAGGAACCAAUGUUUCAGAAUCUCUAGUGAGAAGGAGAAGGAGUAUUGACAAUGAUAUUAAAGAAACAUCAGCCGACAAUGAAAUAGAUCUCACUGGUAAGAACAAAGCGAAACUUUUAAAACUGCUCAAGAAGUUAGAAGAAGAAUUUGGUGAAACUUCAGAAGAACAGGUUGAAACUGAAAUAGAUUCAACUGAAGGUAUUAUUUUGAAAACUGAAGUGUCAGACGAUAGUGCUACUAUAAGGGUCAAGGACUCCAAUCAUGGAGUUAUCAAGACCACCAUGAGAAGUAUGCUGCACAUGCUAGAAGAUUUCAAUAAGAAUCUGAAUAAAGUUUGGAAUGCUGUCAAUUUGUUAGAUGAUGUAUAA